AUGAAAGCCUUCAGGCUACUCUCGGCGCUGGUCGUCGCGGCUCUACUCUCCACAGCCAUCGGCACCUUCGCUGCCCCUUUGAGCCAAUGGUCUCCAAAAGCAGACGGUGUCAGCGCUCUUCAAGAGCGCGAAGGAUCUCCAACCAACAGCAUGACCUACGGCUCUGACGAAUCACCCAAGCAAGCGCACUUUGGCAGGAAUUCCGUCGUACGAGGGGUCAAUCUGGGUGCCUGGUUCGUUUUGGAAUCUUGGCAAAAUCCCUCCCUCUUCUUGACGCAGGAUAUACGCUCCAUGCAACUCAACGACGAGUGGAGUUGGAUGAAUGCCAAGGGAUCCAAAGCGCAGGAGGAUUUGGUGGAACACUAUCGCACAUUCAUGAAUCAGUCGGAUUUCGAGGCUAUUCAGCGAGCAGGUCUAUCAACCGUCAGGAUCCCCGUGCCCUUGUAAGUCUGAGAGCUUUGUCGGACGUUGGAGGGAUAUUCUCGUCAAAAGCGGUAUCGGGACAACCUUCGCUGCGCUUGAAUCUGAUCUGAACUCCUCGAACAUGUUUCAACUACAAGCUGGACCUUUGUGCCCACGGUGAAGCCAGAGCCAUACCUUGCCAGCAGGCAACGAAAAGCUUUGCGCGAUGCGCUCAUAUGGUCAAAGCAAUAUGGCCUUGACGUGGUCCUUGACCUGCACACAGUUCCUGGAUCUGUCAAUGGGCUGGACAACGGUGGCAGGCUUGGUGAGCAGGUGCGUAGUCAGCAUUCCAGGGAGGCGAGAGACGCGCUGCUAUCGACAUCUCACGCAUUGCCCUUCCAGGCGUUUGCCGACGACCCGAACAAUGCAAAGCGCGCUUUGAACGCGCUGAGCGUCAUGACGGACAUGUUUGUCAACAACGCGAGCUACGGUGGCGUAGUCAAAGCCAUUCAGGUAGGUCUUUGUCAGGAGACUCAAACAGGUAAUGCCAGCACGCGCUGAAUCGAAUCUCACGCAGGUCGCCAAUGAGCCCAAAAUCAACGAACGCUUGUCGUGGUCGGUGUUGCAGAAUUAUCAAGCAGCAGCGCUCAAGACUAUACGCGCUGCUAUCAAGCCUUCAGCGACCGUCGUCCCUACUGUCCUCUUCUCGGACGCUUUCCAGCCCUGGUCCAAGUAUGAUGCGCUGCUGCCCUCCGACGCUUAUCCCACCUCUCACAUUGCGGUAGACCAUCACCAGUACUUUGUGCGCGCAUGGGAUAGCCGUGUUCCAAAGGACGACGACGAGCUGAUCGAUUACGUCUGCGCAAUCGGUCCGCGCAUCGCAGCAGCCCAAAAGAAGCGCGCCGUCAUCGUUGGGGAAUUCUCGUUGGGUCGUGAAACGAGAUGCGUAGACUAUCACACUUGCCAAGGCGUCAAGAUGUCGCAAGACGUUUCAACUCUGAACUCAGCCGAGAACAACAACUUUAUGCGUGCGUGAAAGAGGGGGCCCUGUUGGACUUUUCUUUGCUUCCCGCAUUUCAAAGUCCGAGCCGCCUGACAUCGCAUUCCCCCUUUUUUUGCCGCACCAUCCGAACGUAAACAGGUCGCUUCUUUGAGGCGCAAGCCGCUUCUUACGAAAAGGGAGGAGGAUGGAUCAUGUGGUCGUGGAAGACAGAGUCCGCUGCGGCUUGGUCUUACUCGGCUGCCAGAGAGCAAGGUUGGAUACCGGAUGACGUGUCGGACCCUGCUCAAUGGCUUUACAGGCCGGCGGAUGAGAGCCAGAGAAAGGCCCUGCCUGAUGGUCAGUGCAUCACCACUCAGCCUUCCCGCUCACCACGCUUCGCGACGCAAUCAUAGACCUGCACCACUUGCGAUUCUGA